UCAGGUUUCUUCUGUUUCAGCUCUGUGACGUGGUGCUGAAGAUCGGCGUCGACUCCAUUCGCGCCCACAAGGUGGUGCUGGCGUCGGUCAGCCCGUACUUCUACGCGAUGUUUAACGACGACAUGGCGGAGAAGCUGCAGGAGGAGGUGACGCUGCACGACGUGGACGCCACGGCGCUGCAGCUGCUGGUGGAGUACUCUUACACGGGCGAGAUCCUCAUCACAGAAGACAACGUGCAGGUCCUGCUGCCUGUUUCCAGCCUCCUGCAGAUCAGCUCGGUGCGAGAGGCCUGCUGCAAGUUCCUCAUGAGACAGCUCCACCCCUCCAACUGCCUCGGCAUCCGGAGUUUUGCAGGUACAAAAACUUUCUCAAGUCCAACUAAGAGGCUUUUCAUGCCGCCU